CAACUCUAUUAUUCUGUUAAUAACGCAUAUUGGACAUAUUAACUUGCAGCACGCAGCUGAACUGGAACAGAAGCAGAACGAAUGUGAGAACCGGAAGUUGCUGGGGGAAAUUGUAAAAUACAGCAAUGUGAUCCAGCUCCUUCAUAUCAAGAGCAACAAGUACCUUACCGUCAAUAAGAGGUUGCCAGCCUUGCUGGAAAAGAAUGCCAUGCGGGUGUCUUUGGAUACGGCCGGGAACGAAGGCUCCUGGUUCUACAUCCAGCCCUUUUGGAAACUGCGAAGCGAAGGGGACAAUAUUGUUGUCGGAGACAAAGUUGUCCUGAUGCCGGUUAAUGCUGGACAACCGCUACACGCCAGCAACAUAGAGCUCUUAGAUAAUCCAGGAUGCAAGGAGGUGAAUGCAGUCAAUUGUAACACCAGUUGGAAAAUCACCUUGUUCAUGAAAUUUAGUUGCUACAGAGAAGAUGUGCUUAAAGGGGGAGAUGUUGUCAGGCUGUUCCAUGCCGAACAGGAGAAGUUUCUGACCUGCGACGAAUACCAGCAGAAGCAGCACAUUUUCCUUCGCACAACUUUGCGGCAAUCAGCCACUUCAGCAACCAGUUCUAAAGCCUUGUGGGAAAUAGAGGUGGUGCAUCACGAUCCUUGUCGCGGUGGGGCAGGACAGUGGAACAGCCUAUUCAGAUUUAAGCACCUGGCAACUGGCAACUAUUUGGCUGCUGAAGUGGCUGAGAAUGAAAGAGAGAAGAAGAGACAAAAUCUUAAUCCUCACUACCCAGAUGGCUGCAAUGGGGAGAAGAUCCUGAAGGAGAACGAGCUUCUAACCUCAAAGAAGAAACGGCAAGCGGGAGAGAAGAUUAUGUACACUCUGGUGUCUGUCCCUCAUGGAAAUGACAUUGCCUCUCUAUUUGAACUGGAUGCGACCACUUUGCAAAGGGCGGACUGCCUGGUUCCAAGGAAUUCAUAUGUACGGCUGAGGCAUCUUUGCACCAACACUUGGGUGACCAGCACUAGUAUUCCAAUUGACAAAGAUGAAGAAAGGCCUGUAAUGUUAAAGAUUGGAACCUGCCAAACAAAGGAAGACAAAGAAGCCUUUGCCAUCGUGUCUGUUCCUCUGUCGGAGGUCAGAGACUUGGACUUUGCAAAUGAUGCCAACAAGGUUUUAGCCUCGAUGGUCAAAAAUCUGGAGAACGGCUCGGUAACUCAAAAUGAAAGGAGGUUUGUCACUAAGCUCUUGGAAGAUCUCAUUUUCUUUGUGGCGGAGGUGCAGAACAACGGCCAAGAGGUUUUGGACGUGGUGGUGAUUAAACCCAAUCGAGAGAGGCAGAAAUUAAUGAGGGAACAGAAUAUAUUGGAACAGAUUUUUGGAAUAUUGAAAACCCCGUUUAAAGAGAAAGCUGGCGAGGGAGCCAUGUUGAGAUUGGAAGACUUGGGAGACCAGAGAUACGCCCCAUACAAAUACAUGCUUAGACUUUGCUACAGAAUCCUUCGUCAUUCUCAACAGGACUACAGAAAAAACCAGGAAUACAUUGCUACCAAUUUCUGCAUCAUGCAGUCUCAAAUUGGCUAUGAUAUCUUGGCAGAAGACACGAUCACAGCUUUGUUGCACAACAACAGGAAGCUGCUGGAGAAACAUAUCACAGCUAAAGAAAUCGAGACAUUUGUGAGUUUACUCAGGAGGAACCGAGAGCCAAGGUUCUUGGAUUAUCUCUCCGACCUGUGUGUUUCCAACACAGCCGCCAUCCCCGUCACUCAGGAGCUCAUCUGUAAAUACAUGCUGAGUCCAGGAAAUGCGGACAUCCUCAUUCAGACCAAAUUGGUGUCCAUGCAAAUGGAGAACCCCUUGAAUUGCUCCUCCCUUUCGGACGAUAUGGAAGAAGAAGAGGUGUGGUUAUACUGGAUUGACAGCAACAAGGAGCCCCAUGGGAAAGCCAUCCGACACCUGGCUCAGGAAGCGAAGGAGGGCACCAAAACUGAUUUAGAGGUCCUUACUUAUUACAGGUAUCAAUUGAACCUCUUUGCAAGGAUGUGUUUGGAUCGCCAAUAUUUGGCUAUAAAUCAAAUUUCCACCCAGCUGUCCGUGGAUUUGAUCUUACGGUGCAUGUCGGACGAAAGCCUGCCUUAUGAGCUGCGAGCAUCAUUUUGUCGUUUAAUGUUACACAUGCACGUCGACAGAGAUCCUCAAGAGACGGGGGUGCCUGUGAAGUACGCCAGGCUGUGGACUGAAAUCCCUACCAAGAUUACUAUCCAUGAGUAUGACUCCUUCACCGAUUCAUCCCGAAAUGACAUGAAGAGGAAAUUUGCUUUUACGAUGGAAUUUGUAGAAGAUUACUUAAAAGAAGUUGUUAACCAGCCUUUCCCUUUUGGAGACAAGGAGAAGAACAAGCUGACAUUUGAGGUGGUGCACCUGGCCCGCAAUCUCAUAUACUUUGGUUUUUAUAGUUUCAGUGAACUCCUCAGACUGACCAGAACGCUACUGGCUAUCCUCGAUAUUGUACAAGCGCCCAUGUCAUCCUACUUUGAAAGAUUAAGCAAAUUUCAGGAUGGAGGAAACAAUGUGAUGCGAACCAUUCAUGGGGUGGGAGAGAUGAUGACUCAAAUGGUCCUCAGUCGGGGGUCUAUUUUUCCUGCCUCUUUACCUGAUAUUCCCCCAAGCGUCCACCGAAGCAAACAACCCAACCUUGUGGACAGCGAAGACGUCACUGUGAUGGACACCAAGUUAAAAAUUAUCGAGAUUUUACAGUUUAUUCUUAGCGUCCGCCUUGACUAUCGAAUAUCCUACCUGCUGUCUAUUUACAAGAAGGAAUUUGGGAAGAACAAUGAAAACAUUGACAAUUCCACAACGCCGCCCCCCGACUCACCAACUAUCACCUCAGCUGUCCCUGAGAUAGAUGAAAUUGCUGCAGAAGCAGAAACCAUGUUUGCUGGCAGGAAGGAAAAGAACGCCGUGCAACUGGACGACGAAGGGGGCAGGACGUUUCUGCGAGUCCUGAUUCAUCUUAUAAUGCACGAUUACCCUCCUUUGCUCUCAGGAGCCCUGCAACUCUUGUUUAAGCACUUCAGUCAGAGAGCAGAAGUGCUGCAAGCAUUUAAGCAGGUCCAAUUGCUGGUGUCUAACCAAGACGUGGACAGUUACAAGCAAAUUAAAGCUGACCUUGACCAGCUAAGACUGACUGUGGAAAAAUCAGAACUUUGGGUCCAAAAAAGCAGUAAUUAUGAAAAUGGUGUAUUGGGUGAAAAUCAAACAAAAGGAAGCGAUGAACCUAUAGAAGAUUCAAGCAUGUUAAGUCCAGUCCAGGAUGGGAGUAAGAAACCUCAGAUCGAUACCAAUAAGAGUAACAACUAUAAUAUAGUUAUGGAGAUUUUGAUCCGAUUACGGGGGCUCUGCAUUCAAAAUAAAAAAUGUCGAAAUCAGCAGCAGCGCUUGCUGAAAAAUAUGGGAGCCCACAGCGUUGUGUUGGAUCUUCUUCAAAUCCCCUACGAGAAGACUGACCAAAAGAUGAAUGAAAUUAUGACCUUAGCUCACCUCUUUCUUCAGAACUUCUGUCGUGGCAACCCUCAGAAUCAAAUCCUUCUUCAUAAACACCUCAACCUAUUCUUAACCCCUGGGCUUCUGGAGGCUGAAACCAUGCGGCACAUAUUCACCAACAAUUACCAUCUGUGCAAUGAGAUUAGCGAGCGGGCGGUGCAGCAUUUUGUCCACUGCAUAGAAACGCACGGCCGCCAUGUUGAAUAUCUGCGUUUUUUGCACACCAUUGUCAAGGCCGAUGGGAAAUACGUCAAGAAGUGCCAGGAUAUGGUUAUGACAGAGCUGGUCAAUGGAGGUGAAGAUGUCUUGGUGUUCUACAAUGACAGAGCGUCUUUCCCAGCCCUCCUUCAAAUGAUGUGCUCGGAGCGAGACCGCGUAGACGAGAGUGGACCUCUGGUUUACCACAUCACCCUGGUGGAACUGUUGGCAGCCUGCACAGAAGGCAAAAACGUCUACACUGAGAUCAAAUGCAAUUCUCUCCUUCCUUUGGAUGACAUCGUGCGAGUGGUGACGCAUGAUGACUGCAUACCUGAGAUCAAGAUUGCAUAUGUCAACUUUGUCAAUCACUGCUACGUGGACACUGAAGUGGAAAUGAAGGAAAUCUACACCAGCAACCACAUCUGGAAGCUGUUUGAGAAUUUUCUGGUUGACAUGGCAAGGGUUUGUAACACCAAUACAGACAGGAAACAUGCUGAUUUAUCUCUCGAAAAAUAUGUCACCGAGCCAGUAAUGAGUAUAGUCAGCGGCUUUUUCAGUUCUCCGUUUUCAGACAACAGCACAAGCCUCCAGACACACCAGCCUGUUUUCAUCCAGCUGCUGCAAUCUGCCUUCAGAAUUUACAACUGUACUUGGCCAAACCCAGCUCAAAAGUCUUCAGUGGAAUCUUGCAUCAAAACAUUAGCUGAAGUCGCCAAGAACCGUGGCAUUGCGAUCCCAGUGGACCUGGAUAGCCAAGUGAAUACGUUGUUCAUGAAGAGUCACACCAACAUGAUCCAAAGAGCAGCCAUGGGUUGGCGGAUGUCUGCUCGUAGCGGCCCCCGCUUUAAAGAACCCCUUGGGGGACCUUCGUGGGAUUAUAGGAACAUCAUUGAGAAGUUACAGGACGUAGUGGCCUCCUUGGAAGAGCAAUUCAAUCCCAUGAUGCAAGCUGAAUUUUCUGUGCUGGUUGAUGUCUUACGGAGCCCUGAACUUCUCUUCCCGGAAGGGAGUGAUGCUAGAAUUAGAUGUGGAGCCUUCAUGUGCAAGUUGAUAAAUCAUACCAAACGGCUAAUGGAGAAGGAAGAAAAACUCUGCAUCAAAAUCCUCCAGACUUUGCGGGAAAUGCUUGACCAGAAAGAUAGCUUCGUUGAAGAGGGCAGCAACCUGCGAAAAAUACUUCUCAAUUGUUAUUUUAAAGGAGACUAUGGAGGGAGCAUCAACGGUCCUCUGUCUAGCAACUACGGCAAACCCCUGCAAAGUGGAGGGACCUUUUCGGGACAAGAUGUGGACAAGGCCGGAGCCUCCAUGCAUGACAUCCAAUGUCUUUUGGAUAAAGAAGGAGCUUCAGAACUGGUCACCGAUGUCAUUGUUAGUACCAAAAAUGACCGGAUAUUCUCUGAGGCCAUCUUGCUUGGCAUUGCGUUGCUCGAAGGAGGAAACACCCAAAUUCAGUAUUCUUUUUAUCAACAAUUAAACGAACGGAAAAAAUCCGAAAAGUUUUUUAAAGUUUUGUACGAUCGGAUGAAAACAGCUCAGCAGGAAAUUCGGUCCACGGUGACGGUAAACACAAUUGAUUUGAGCAGCAAAAAGAAGGACGAGGAAACAGACGUGACCCUGUCAGCUCCAAAGAAGAGAGUGAGGGAUUCCAACCUGCAUCUGAAGGAAGGAAUGAAAGGACAAUUGGCGGAAGCUUCCACGGCAACAUCCAAAGCUUACUGCGUGUAUCGCAGAGAAAUGGACCCGGAAACCGACCUCAUGGGUCCAGGGUCAGAUGCGGGAUGGGCGGAUGAAAAAUCUUCCGAAGAAAUGGCCAUGAGUCCCGCCAUUGUGAUCAUGCAACCCAUCUUGAGGUUUCUCCAGUUACUGUGUGAGAAUCACAAUCGAGAACUUCAGAACUUUUUAAGAAACCAGAACAACAAGACCAACUACAACCUAGUGUGUGAGACCCUUCAGUUUUUGGAUUGCAUUUGCGGAAGUACCACAGGCGGGCUAGGACUUCUGGGCCUAUACAUCAAAGAAAAAAAUGUAGCUUUGGUGAAUCAAACCCUUGAAAGUUUGACUGAGUACUGUCAAGGCCCUUGCCAUGAAAAUCAGACCUGCAUAGCCACCCAUGAGUCCAACGGCAUUGACAUAAUCAUCGCCCUGAUCCUUAAUGAUAUCAAUCCUCUUGGAAAAUAUCGGAUGGACCUGGUGCUACAGUUGAAGAAUAAUGCCUCUAAGCUUUUGCUGGCUAUCAUGGAAAGCAGGCACGACAGCGAAAAUGCAGAAAGAGUCCUUUUCAACAUGAGACCAAAAGAGCUGGUGGACGUGAUGAAGAACGCGUACAACCAGGGAGUGGAGAGCGAUCAGGAAGAGGAGAAUGGUGAAGAGAGUAUUUCACCAAAAGAUGUUGGGCAUAAUAUCUAUAUAUUAGCUCACCAGUUGUCCCGUCACAAUAAAGCAUUACAACACAUGCUGAAGCCUGGGGCAGAUCCAGAAGAAGGAGAUGAAGCUUUGAAGUAUUACGCCAACCACACCGCUCAAAUUGAGAUUGUCCGCCACGACAGAACCAUGGAACAAAUAGUAUUUCCCGUGCCAAACAUUUGUGAAUUCCUCACUCACGAAUCAAAAUGCCGGGUGUUCAAUACCACCGAAAGAGACGAGCAAGGAAGCAAAGUAAACGACUUUUUCCAGCAGACCGAGGAUCUGUAUAAUGAAAUGAAGUGGCAGAGAAAAAUUAGGAAUAAUCCAGCAUUAUUUUGGUUCUCUCGACAAAUUUCUCUCUGGGGAAGCAUAUCGUUCAACCUGGCCGUUUUCAUCAAUCUAGCCGUCGCCCUCUUCUAUCCGUUUGGAGAUGAUGGCGAUGAAGGCACCCUCUCUCCGUUGUUUUCCAUUGUCCUCUGGAUAGCUGUGGCCAUCUGCACGUCUCUCCUUUUCGUUUUCCCCAAACCUGUUGGAAUCCGCCCGUUUUUGGUCUCGGUUAUGCUCAGGUCUAUAUAUACCAUUGGUUUGGGGCCCACGCUGAUUCUCCUGGGUGCCGCUAACCUUUGCAACAAGAUUGUAUUUUUGGUGAGCUUCGUUGGGAACCGUGGGACGUUCACCCGUGGAUACCGAGCCGUCAUCAUGGACAUGGCUUUUCUCUACCAUGUGGCUUAUGUUUUGGUCUGCAUGCUGGGCCUCUGUGUGCAUGAAUUUUUUUACAGCUUCUUGUUAUUUGACUUGGUAUACCGAGAGGAGACUUUGCUGAAUGUCAUCAAAAGUGUCACGCGGAAUGGGCGGUCCAUUAUCCUGACAGCUGUCCUAGCUCUUAUUUUGGUCUAUCUCUUCUCCAUUGUUGGGUUCUUGUUUCUGAAGGAUGACUUCAUCAUGGAUGUGGAAAGACUGAAAAAUAAAACCUCCAUUACAGACAGCAGCACCGUCUCUACCACAAGCUUAACAACAAUGGUGGAAACCUGCUCAAUAGAGAAUUGCAGUGUUGCGGUACCAACCAUCAAAUCAGGUGAAGAUAGCGAUGAGGACAGGAUUGAGAGGACUUGUGACACUUUGCUGAUGUGUAUCGUGACCGUGUUGAACCAAGGACUGAGAAACGGUGGAGGAGUGGGGGAUGUUCUUCGGAAGCCAUCCAAAGAGGAGCCGCUGUUUGCUGCUCGGGUGGUUUAUGAUCUCCUGUUUUAUUUCAUUGUCAUCAUUAUCGUUCUGAACCUCAUUUUUGGAGUCAUCAUCGAUACGUUUGCGGACCUCAGAAGCGAAAAGCAGAAGAAAGAAGAGAUUUUGAAGACGACCUGUUUCAUCUGUGGGCUGGAGCGGGAUAAGUUUGACAACAAGACGGUUUCAUUCGAGGAACACAUCAAGUCAGAACACAACAUGUGGCACUAUCUAUAUUUUAUCGUUCUGGUCAGAGUGAAAGACCCAACGGAAUAUACUGGACCCGAAAGUUAUGUGGCCCAAAUGAUUGCGGAAAAAAACUUAGAGUGGUUUCCCCGGAUGAGAGCUAUGUCCCUGGUCAGCAACGAAGGGGAUAACGAACAGAACGAAAUCAGGAAUCUGCAAGAAAGGUUGGAGUCCACCAUGAGUUUGGUCAAGCAGCUUUCCAGCCAACUAGCUGAGCUUAAAGAACAGAUGACAGAACAAAGGAAAAACAAGCAGCGGCUAGGCUUUUUGGGAUCCAACGCUGCUCACGUGAACCAUCACACUUCAACACAUUGAUAAAGCCCGGAUUGUGACAGGCCUUUUCCUCAGUAUUCUCCCUGGAUCACAAGGCCGAAGAGCUGAGGCUGGAAGGACUGAACGGGGCUCCUUGUUACCCAGCUUUCGACAAAGUGCCAAAAUGCUAAGUGGCUGAGCUCUGGGAACAAUCUGUCACGGUGUUUUAUGGUUGAAAGGGUUUAACCCCUACAGAGCAUGCAAAGCAGGCCCUAAUCUUCAUUUUUGCUCAAUAAACAAACAAAUUAAAAGGGGAGGGGCUCCGUUGGUGCUCUCGCCUUUCAGCUGGGCUUAAUUUUUGUUUUAUUUUUUUUAAAUCUUGUCUUUCUCCAGAGGUUGGCAGGGAAGAAGCCAAAUUUGGUUGCGUUGUGUGAAUGCCGUUCAAAGAAACUUUCUAACGCCAGCAACUUAACCGAGGGAGCUGUCGAUUAACACAAAAUGCAGCAGCGUGAUUAAAAAAAAAAUCUCUCAAAAGUUCUCUUUUGGUCACUUUAGCUGGCUAAUGUCAUUUGUCAUGUUUGCAGGGCGUUUUGCCCUUUGUUAAAGACAAACAAAUGAAUGUAAACAUGCCCUAGCAAAUUAAUUGGCAUGAGGGAAUGAGCAAAGCCAUCUCCUUCAUCAGCCAUCAAUGUUUUUUGCUUUUUAAAGAGGAUCGAACGCUAGAAACAUUUCUGCUGUCUGCUGUACAAUUCCCCAAAUCCAAUGCAAUGAAUCCGUAGCUUUAAAUUCUUUACGUUUAGGAAUGUAGCCCCCCCCCCAAGGACACAAGAACAGAAUACUCUAUUCACCAAGAGAAUUGUAUCGAAUUUAUAUCAUUGCUUGUGGAUUUAGCUCUUGUACUCUCAGUGUGGCUGCCACUGGAAAUUCCAAACAAUGGCCUUUUAAUCUAUAGUUCAAACCAAGAAUGAGAUUAAGGAGAGAAAGAACUACUUCAUAAAACUUUUAGCAUCAAGGUCUAAAUUCAGGAGGGCAGGCAGGUUUGAAAUAUCUGUGUAAGAACAACUGCAAGUGGAUCCUUGUUUGUAAAGCGCACCAAAAAUGGACUUUCCUGCUUCUCCUUUUUCAGUUUCUGAGCAAGAUCUCGUCAAAACGGAUCCACAACUGUGUUGACCUACUGAGAGAGGAAUAUACAAGUUGUUCUUCAUCUUUUCAUUCUACUUAGCCUGUUCUCCUUGUAGAAGAGAGGACUUGAGCUACAAUACUCAGAAUAUCGAUUCAACAUUGUAGUUUUUACUGCUGCAAUGUCAGGAGAGUUAUCUCAGAGGCAGGAUUUAAUUCCCAAAUCCCGGUUGUAAAAAUCUAAGUGAAUGAUGGAUCGUAGCAGCAGUAAUUUUAUUACCGUAAAGUGUCUUCCAAAUUUUUGAGGGUCAGUUCUGCCAGCCAUAGAUUAUCCUCCUGGAAAACAAUUUAUGCCCGAGAGACUUUAAGAGCUAAACUAACUUCCAUCAACUGGAGUGAAAUGCAUUCAUUUAAGGUUAAAUGUUGGUAAAUCUGGGUCUUCCUUGUGUGACUAUAAUUUUAGUUUGUUUAUUUUUUAAAAAAAGCUUCUUAGUAAAAAUGCUGAUAAAGGA